AUGGCGGUGAUGACAAACACAGAACAGAUAAAUAACUCUACAGAGAACUUAACCUCACCUGAAACAUCUACAAACUACACAGCUCAAUUCAUUGGUCUAAUGGGCCGUGUGGAAAUAGGUGUGUACAGCAUCGGUUUUCUGUUUGGUUUUCCUACACACUCAUAUAUUAUAUGGCUCAUCGUAACAGAAUCAGGAGUUGCAUCAGAGUUUUUCAACCUCAAUCUUUCUGUUUGUGAGUUCAUUAAAUGUCUGAAUAGUUUGAUUGCUAUACCAUCAAUUUGCUUUUCAAAUCCUACAAUAAUACCAAUGGUUUUACAAGGACUUGUCUUCACUGGUUGUUCACUGUUUCAAUGUCUGAUCUGUGUUGAGCGUUACCUGGCAGUGGUUCAUCCUGUAACCUUUCUGAAGUACAAACCUCUCAGAUAUAGAGUGAUCUGCUCCACUGUGGCCUGGUUUAUCACUCUUGCCCCCUGUUUGUGUUGCAUAUCUAUUAUAGUAUCACUAAAAAUAAAUGCAUAUGUAUGGUUCUUGUCCCAGCAGUUCCUUCUCUUAUUCUACAUCCAGUUGUUUUGUCUUGUGGCUGUUCUCAGAGCUCUGAAGCAAUCAGGGCCAGGAGAGAGAGCGAGAGAGAGAGAGAGAGAGGAGGAAAACCACAUGAACAAAAGGGCUUUUUAUAUCAUUCUAAUAACUACUGUGAGCAUGACUAUUAUGCAUGUCCCAUUUACUAUCACAGGAUACCUUAGAAUUCUGACACAACAGAACUCUCAUGUGCUUUGGAACACAGGUUUAAGUAUUCUCAAUAUGACAAAAGUAAAGGCAAAGACCAAACAUUUUUUCCACAGUUUUGCACAAACGCCUUACUACAGUCGCUCCUCCGUUUCUCUGGCCGCUCUGUGUCUGCGCUCGCUGCGGCUGCCUCCUCCCCCCUCCCUCUCAAACAUGACACCGGCUUUGAGUGUGACCGGCUGA